CUGAGCACGCAGCGCGGCGAUCUGCGGUGCGCUGUGUCCCUCGGACACAGCGGAUCACCAAUCCACAGAAAGAGCCGAAGAUGUCUGCUCAGUCAUGUGAUCAGCUGUGUCCAAUCACAGCUGAUCACAUGGGACAUGUACACUGAUCAUCAGAGCACUGAUGAUCAGUGUGCCCUGACGAUCAGUGUAGCCCCAGCAGUGCCACGUGCCAGUGCCCAUCAGUGCCACAUCAAUGCCACAUAUCAGUGCCUACCAGUGCACAUCAAUACCACAUAUCAUUGCCCAUUUGAGCUGCCUUUCAGUGUCACCCAUCAGUGCCAGUCAGUGCCACCUAUCAAUGCCAAUCAGUGCCACCUAUCAGUGCUGUCAAUCCGUGCCACCUAUCAGUGCCGCUUAUCAGUGCCGGCCAGUGCUGCCUAUCAGUGCGCAUCAGUGCUGACUAUCAGUGCCAGUCAGUGCCACCUAAGAGUG